AUGGCCUCGGCGCUCAUUCAAUCUCAGCAACUCUCAUCCAACUUCACCCAACUCAUCGCCCACACCUCUUCGCCGGACCUCAAAUUCAACUCGGGCCAAUUUGUUCUUGCAGCAGCGGCAUUCUCUCUCACUAUGACGUCUCUCAAGGAACCCCGGCGCGUUGCCGAGGUCAUGCUUGCCUGGCUGGGGCUUGAGCUCGUCUCCCUAACCGAGCUACAGACCCUCUGGGCCGGCUACGGACACAUAUGCGCCAUCGUCGCUAGGGUCGCCGACACGAACGGGGCGGUCACAUCAAUCAAAACAUCGCCCGCGAUCCGGCAAGAACCAGACGGCACAUACCGCCUCAUCAUUAAGCUCAUCUCACCGCCCCGCGCCAAGGGGAAGGACGAGGGCCACCUGCGGAAGAUGCUGAGCUAUGAGGUCGAGCAGUACUUCUACCAAGAAGUCGCGCCGCGCUUGGCCGAAGAUGUCGCGGUCGCCAAGUGCCUCGCCUCGACCCUGGACAUGAAGGGGAGGCCACGGGCGGAUGAGUUGCAAGGGCUCACGGCGACCAUCAUCACCGACCUUAGGCCGCAAUUCCCAGUCGCGGGAGAGAAAAGACUAGUGCUUAACCGUCGUCAGGUGCACGCUGCGCUGGAUUGGUUGGCCAAGUAUCACGGCAGCUCUUGGGCUUCUCUACCGGACGACCUUGGCCGGUUCGUGCUGCCACCGCUCGAGGAGGCGACACGGAGGGAGGCCGGCAACGGAGCCGCCGACCCCAAGUUGUGGCUGAACGGUGGUUACACAUAUCUCGCAACACGAAGGAAAGAAUACGGGUCGUUGUGCAGAGACGAGUACUCGGAGUGGUCGUCCGCCUUUUGCAACCCUGUCGACGGCUCAUCACACUCGACUGCCGAAAUGGUGGCCGAGUUCCUGACACCCUCGGGUAGGCCAUUCGAGACAUACAUCCACGGCGACGUUAAGUCCGAGAACCUCUUCACGACCCAGUCUGGCGACAAAGUAGCCUUCUUCGACUUCCAGUACGCCGGGAUCGGAGUCGGUGGCUGUGACAUCGCAAAGCUGUUCACUUGCUCAGUUCCUGUUGAGAUGCUGACGCACCACGAGGAUAUUCCCGACCAGCUUCCCAUGGGAGACGGCGAAAGAGCUUUGCUAGAGAAGUACCGGGAGACGCUUAUCGACCAGAAGCCGUUAGGAAAAGGCCCUGCAGACUACGACUGGGCCACGUUCGUGCGACAUUGGGAGACUGCUCUCGUCGACUGGUGUCGUUUCCAGGCGUCGUGGGGCUUUUGGGGGAACACGGAAUGGCUUGAAGCCAGAGUGCGUCAUAUACUUUCAGACGAUGGUUGGAGGAAUUGGUUGAAGAGCGAAGUGAAGGGACAUUAG